AUGGAGGAUGAUAGGGAUUGGGGACCUAAACCUUUUACGUUCCUCAAUGCUUGGUUACUUCAUCCUAAUUUCCUAUCCUUUUGGAAUGUGAAGGUAUUUGGGAAGGUGGAAAAUAAGCUUAAGUGUAUUGAAGAAGAAGCUCAUGCCCUUGAUUUGCUUGCUGAGGACAGACCUUUGCUACCUACAGAAAUACUUAGAAGAAAGGAAAUUAGGGGAGAUGUUUGGAGGCUUAGUAAAAUGUUGGAAUGGAUUUGGUUGCAGAAAUCUAGAGUGAAUUGGGCACUUAAAGGGGAUAAAAAUACAAGAUAUUUUCACAUUAUGGCUUGUAGCAGGAAUAGUAGGAAUUCUUUGUGCUUCGUCGUUGUGAAUGGUACAAUGCUGGAGGACCCUAUGGAAAUUAAAGCUGAGGUGAAGGCCCACUUUCUAAAGCAUUUCUCUGAGGAUUGGAAGGUCAGACCUAAAUUUUUUGGGCACUUCAAGACCAUUGGAGGACCACAAGUUGUUGAACAAUUGGAGGCAGAGUUUACUGAAGAGGAAAUUAGUUCUGUAAUCAAGACUUGCAAUGGGAAUAAGGCACUUGGACCUGAUGGAUUCAACAUGGCCUUUUUCAAGAAAUGUUGGAAAAUUGUGAAAUUUGAUGUGUUACAUUUUAUGAGGGAAUUUCAUCAAAAUGCAAGUUUGGUGGGUGGGAUCAUUAGCUCUUUCAUUGUUUUAAUUCCUAAAAAUGAUAGUCCCUCUUGUUUGGAAGAGUACAGGCUUAUUAGUCUGAUUGGUUCUAUGUAUAAAAUUCUAGCAAAGGUGUUAUCAAAUAGGAUGAAACAGGUGAUGCCCAAGAUUAUUAGUGAGGUUCAGUCAGCUUUUCUGGGUGGGCGGAACAUUAUGGAUGAGAUUCUUAUAGCUAAUGAGAUUGUUGAUGGAUGGAAAAGAUCCAAUAAGAAAGGUUUGGUUCUCAAAUUAGAUUUUGAAAAGGCUUAUGACUCAAUCAAUUAG